GUCAGAAGCGGAGAUCCCCCGGGUACAGGAUGCCGCUGGUCGCUCGAUGUAUUGAGCCGCGCUUCCUGUGCCGGCAGAAGCUUCCCCCUGUCCGCAGUGAACUGGAAUGUAUGACCAACCUGACUCUGUCCAAUGUCAUCCGCCAGCUUGGAAGCCUAAGUCGCUAUGCAGAAGAUAUAUUUGGAGAGCUUUUCAGCGAGGCUAGUAUGUUUGCACACCGCGUGGGAUCUCUGGGGGAAAGGGUGGAGAGACUUCAGGUGAAGGUGACCCAACUGGACCCCAAGGAGGAAGAGGUCUCUCUUCAGGGCAUAAAUACCCGGAAGGCAUUCAGAAGUAACACCUCACAGGACCAGCAACUGUUUAUACGUGAUUCUCUGUCCCUCCCGGUGCGUGAAACAUAUUCCACGUGUGACAUGCCACCCCCACUUAACAUCCUGUCACCGUAUAGAGAAGAUGAAAAGGAGGCCCUUAAAUUUUAUACGGAUCCUUCAUAUUUCUUUGACUUGUGGAAAGAAAAAAUGCUUCAGGACACAAAGGACAUCAUAAAGGAGAAGCGGAAACAUAGGAGAGAGAAGAAAGACAACCCCAAUCGCGGGAAUGUGAAUCCACGCAAGAUCCGCACAAGGAAAGAAGAAUGGGAGAAAAUGAAGAUGGGAUUGGAGUUUGUGGAGGCCAAGGAUAAGAUGCAGAAUGCAGGGCCUCAACCAUAUCAAAAUGGAUCUGUUAGUACAAUAGAAAGUCUGGAUAUGAAUCAGUACCCACCUCCUCCUCCUUUUGAGGAGCCAUCAUCCAUUUCCCAACCAUUUAUUGAUGACUCUCUGCCUCCACCACCUGCUGACGUCAGUGGUCAACCUUCGUUGCAUCGUUCUAGCUUGGUUAGCCCUGCCUAUCCUCCUCCAGCCCCACCAAUUGGUUCUCCAAUAGGGAGUCGACCAAGUUUUUCACCCCCACCAGCACCUCCCCCUCCUCCACCUGAUGGAUCAGUUCCUGAUGCCCCAUACCUUCCUCCACCUUCUCCUCCACCAGUGUUCCCCUCAUUACCAGGCUUUCCUGCCCCUGCCCCUCCUCCUCCUCCUCCAGCACCUACUCAUCUUGAUUAUCCAGCAGCUUCACCUCAUUCUCCCACACAAGCCCCUAGUGGCGGCCCACCUCCACCACCUCCACCACCACCUCCACCUCCUGGCCCUCCUCCACCCCCUGCCUUCUCCCAUUCUGAAGGUGAAUCUCCAUCACAAAUUUCAAAACCGAAGACCUCCCUUCCUCCAGUAAGCGAUCCUCGAAGUGACUUGCUAUCUGCAAUCCGUGAAGGGUUCCAGCUACGAAAGGUAGAAGAAAAAAUGGAGCAUGAGAAGCGAGAUGUUGGUGGGAAUGAUGUGGCCACCAUCUUGUCUCGUAGAAUUGCAGUGGAAUAUAGUGACUCUGAGGAUGAUUCUUCUGAAUUUGAUGAAGAUGAUUGGUCUGAUUGAGACCCUUAUGAAAGAAACAAAAGGAAAGUGAAUGUGCAGUUAAAAGACAAAUUCCUUGUAGAUGACACAUUGGGUAAAAUGACAUAUACAACUAUGCAGUGCAGGGGAAUGGUCAGAAAAUUAAAAAAGAAGAAUUUGUUAAUUGGGGGAAAAAAUGGUAUGUUGUUUUUUUGGGGCAACUGAUAAAAUGUCCCACUUAUAGAAUGCUAAUAUUUUCAAUAAAGAUAUAUUGCCCAGCAGAGUAGAUACUGUAAAUGUCUGUUGUGCACAGGACAUUCCUUUAGGUUUUUCUUUUUGUGCUGCUUUUAAAAUAAUAACAGAUUUCAGCUGAGAGAUCAAUAACCAUUUUUAAAUGUAGGGAGUGUGUUGCAUAUAAACCCUGCAGGUCACAGUACUGAUGACACACCCAGCAUGCAAUUAGAGGAGAUCAGUGGCAUUUUGUACCUUCCUUUUCAAAAGAGAGGAUUUGUGAUCCGCAUGUGGGUAAUAGAUUAUGCCCUGCCUAAAAUGUUUGCAUAGAUUGUUCUCUAAAGACAAAACAAAUGCUCUUAAAAAUAUAUUUAAUAACAACAACAACUUAACAAUGACUUUUGUUUUAACCCUUUUGUUGCUGCCCACCCUAGAAUCUACAUUAUCAUUAUAAAACUUCCAUAUUGCUGCCAGUAUAGGUCAUUCAGUUCUGGUUUGAUAUGUGCUGUUCCGCAUGUUUACUAGUAACGUGGUGCAGAAAGAUCAAAGCGAAUCCAGAAUGAGAAAAAUCACUAUUUGAAAUCGAAUACUGUGUACUAAACAAAGGAAGAAGCCUAUGCAUAUGCACAGCUAAGAUAUAUUCUAAAUAUCAUUAAGUCUGUGGUGGCUCUGCCAGUAAUCUAAGUGUGGAAAAAGAGAAGUGUUUAGUAAGUAAUAUAAGUAAUAUGGGGGUUACAGUAUCAGUCUCACUUUUUAUAGUGACUUGGCAUAUUGUAAUCUUUAAUACUAGCCUAUGCAACAAUCUUCUAUUUAACAAUUCUCGCUAAGUGUGUUUAUGCAAGUAUAAUUCCACACACACACACACACACAUAUCUAUAAGUAGCUUUAACUAAGUAUGCUUUUAUUGCUAGACACACAAUUAUGAUAUUGAGAUAAGUGCCUUAAUAGAGCAGAUGUGGGGAACAAGUGCUGUAUGGUGCUUUGAGACAACGCUGUACGGCACAGCUCUACUCUACCUGCUUUGUAUAUGUUUUGUUAAUGAUUUUUACUUGGAAAUCUGUUAUUUUGUAUCUGCAUUAUGUUUAAAUAUAGCACCAUAUAAAAUGUUCAAUUGCGUA